UUUCAUUAUUUUCAAUCUCCUAAAUUAUAGUAAUCCUUAGAUUAUAGUAUAAAAAAAUGGCCUUCAUGAAAGAUUACGAUCACUUAAAAAUUGAUAUAAAAGAUAUAGCACUGGCAACCAACAAUUUUGAUCCUACCAAUGUAAUUGGGGUUGGUGGAUUUGGAAAAGUGUACAAAGGGGAACUAUCGCAUUCGGAUGGCCGAAUUGCGGUUGCCUUUAAGAAGUUAGAUCGGAGAAUGGGGCAAGGUAACAUCGAGUUUUGGAAAGAGAUAAUGAUGCUAUCAAACUACAAACAUGAAAAUCUAAUAUCUCUCAUGCACUUUUGCAUCGAGGGUCAUGAGAUGAUCCUUGUGUACGAGUACGCUACUCGUGGUAGCUUGGAUCACCAUCUAAGUAAUGCUAGUCUCACAUGGGCUCAACGUUUAAAAAUAUGUGUUGGGGCUGCACGCGGACUACAGUAUCUGCAUAAUCCAACGAAGACACAUCAAAGAGUAAUUCAUCGAGACAUCAAAAGCGCAAAUAUCCUUCUAGAUGAGAAAUGGACGGCGAAAAUUGCUGAUUUUGGCCUAUCAAAAGCUGGCCCUGCUAACCAGCCACAAACAUAUCUUAUCACCAACGCGGUCGGUACGCCUGGGUACUGUGAUCCACUAUAUUGGGAGUUGGGUUUCCUAUCAAAAGAAUCUGAUGUGUACUCUUUUGGAGUCGUGCUGUUUGAAGUUUUGUGUGGAAGAUUAUGCUUCGAGUAUAGUAAUGGUGCACUUAAGGAGAUUUUAGUGCAUAAAUGGAGAAGCCGUUAUGUUGAGAAUUGUUUAGACGAGAUUAUUUUUCUUGGACUUAAAGAACAAAUGGAUCCGGGUUCUUUGAAUUCGUUUUCAGCCAUUGCCUAUCGAUGUGUGAAAAAAUCUCGUGAAGAGCGACCAAUGAUGACUGAGAUCGUGAAAGAACUCGAAUUUGCACUUGAACAACAAGAAAUUCUUGAAAUCCUAGGAGAAAAAGUAGAUUUUACAGAGUUAAGGCGAGUUGUAAACCUUGCGUUGCCUCUUUUAUCGUAUGUAUCCCAAAGCCAAAUUCUGAAGCUUCUCUUGGAAGGAUUCUUAAUCGACGAUGGUAACACGUGGAUAUCUAUAAAUAUGAAUGGGCAGUUCAUCAAAGUGGUAGCUGCACAAAAAUGCUUCUUCGGGGACAAACUUGUAAGCAGUAAGGAUAUAAAAAAGAUAGCUGGCUCCCGAAGGUGUGGAUUUUCAUAUUACUUAUCGAACGUAUAUAGCAAUCCUUUCAGAGUAGAAGUUGACACUCAAUUUCUAUCCCCAAACGUCACAUACAUCAUUUACAUAGUCUUCGAGCAUAAUGGUGAUUAUGCUUCCCCGUGUUAUGUACCGUUCGAAUACAAACUGGAUGUGGAUACAAAUUAUUCGACAUCAUGCAUUGCCUUAGUCACUGGACAUAGAUGGGUGAUGACUAAGCUAUACCAAUUUACUAGCUAUGUGGGGCAACAAAACUUUAGCAUCGAGUUCUCCCCGCGAGACCAUAUUACCUUUAGCGACGAGUUUGUUUUUGAAGGCAUUGAAUUUCGGCCUUUGGAAUAUGAAACAUAUCAAAAACACACUGACAAAGAAAAGGUUGACAUCGAUUUGGAAUCAAACUGGGAGACUGAUUUUACAGAUUUAAUCAAGUUGUUAAAGGAUAAUAAUGAGGCACAAUGGACAACCAAAGAGGAACUUUACUUUCUUUUUCGCAAAGGUUUCCUCGUCGACGAUGAAAAGUGGUUUUCUAUCAGCAAAAAUAUGAAACAACGUUUUAUGAUACCUGCAAGUUCUUUUUUGGACCGAGAAGAAUGGACAUGCAAUUCUAUACCAGAAUCAGAAUCAAGAUUCAAAGUGGUGACCAAGUCUCUUAUCAGUUAUUCAUUUAGCAUUCAUCUUAAAUCCCCUGCACAAAUGUCUUUACCUCAAACGGCAUAUUCAUGUCACCUCAUUUACAAACUAUCUGAUAGCUACUCUACGCUUGAGGGUCCGAUGGUAAUAGGAAUUACUGAUGACUUUAGAACUCAUGUGGUUCCAUGGUCGCUCUGUUUAAAUACUCGUUGUCAUCCCCCGAUUAUUGGGGGAACCAUGGAUGAUGGUAAAAUAGAACCUUGCAAGACAUUGGAUGCCUGCAAAAGUAAAGGCCAUUCAAAGCAGAGGAAAGAUGGUUGGAUGGAAAUUCAAUUUAACGAAGCUUUAAUGUACGGAAAUUUUAGAUUUUCGGUAGAGGAAGAAAAAUAUAAAAGCAUGAACUUUUUCGGAAUUGUUAUUCAAGGCAUUGAGUUUAGACCUUUGUAAUUUGUAAAUUCUAUAAUAUAUAUUUU